CUGAACUUCGGGUCAAAACCAGACUUUUCCUCAUCCUGAGGCCAGCACGUGCACUUCGACGUCGUCGAGGCCGCCCCAGCACCACCUGUCGGCGUGACCGUGGUACUACGCGAGUGGAGCUCCCACCAGAGGGCAGCACUACCACACUUAUAGUUCGUGCUAUUGCCUCACAGUUCUUUUUUUGACACCCUCGGAUUAUAUUUAGUGAUUAAUGAAUAGUUUGACAUUGAAGUCGUAUUUCAAACUUGUUAGCUCAGCAUUUUUUACAUCCUUUUUGAUUGCAUAAUUAGAUUUGCCGCAGUUUCUCCUCUAGUAGGUAUUAAUAUAUAAGUAUAAUGUCCAUAAUAUACAGAAGAGGUAUCCAUAUGCUGGAUAAAUUGAUUCCGGCUAGAUUACAACCACUUUGGUCUCAUGAAGCAGGACCAAAAACCAUUUUCUUUUGGGCACCUGCAGUUAAAUGGGGUCUGGUUAUUGCUGGAAUCGGGGACCUGACGAGGCCUAUUGAAAACGUUAGCAUAUCUCAAUCAGCUGCGCUGUCUGGAACAGGUGUUGUCUGGGCGAGGUAUUCCCUCGUCAUCAUACCUAAAAACUGGAGUCUUUUUGCUGUUAAUAUAUUUGUUGCUUCAUCCGGAAUUUAUCAGUGUGUGAGGCGUUUCAGAUAUGAACAGGCCUUAAAGAUGAAAGAUGCUGAGAUAAGCUAAAGACCAGAAGCUUUCAACAAGUUCUUCCAGAUGUUAAAUUAAAGUAGCGUUGGCAAAAUAAUCGUUUAGAGCUGUGUUCUGGAAUAUCAAUCACCUAGCCCUUAUUUUCUGUUUUACUUUGGUUAUCAGAAUCGUAGAACAUAUUAAUUAGCCUGAGCUAAGUCUAUUGACUAUAAUAAUCAAAUGAUAUCUUAGUAAAAUAUAAUUUAUAUUAGCGCUCUGUCAUCCUUGCCAAUGGGCUUAAUAAAGCUAGCGAUUGGCCUCUGACGUACCAUACGUUUGUAUCUCUCCUGGAAUAAAUUUUAGUUUACCAAUUAUUUUAUGAUUGAUAAUAUAUAUUAUUAAAAAAAACAAAAAAGAGGUAAAAUAUGGAAUAUUUUAAAACUAUAUCAUUUUAAAUAAAUUUUUAACAAUGUACUACAUUUACUAUAAAUUUAUUUUUCAUAUAAACUAAUUUAUAUAAAAAAUGUAACAGCACAAUUUUCUGUGAUGAGGUUUCUAUGGACACUAGAGUUGUUAUUUUAGUUUAAUUUUGGAACUAGGACAAGCAAGAUUUAGAUGUCUUGUGAAUUACAUGAAAUUAUUUUAAGUUAAAAUGCUACUCUUAGGGCAGAACCGUACAAGGGACCAACAACCUGACUCCGUUGUCAAACCAAAUAAAUCUAUUAUAAAAGACUAAAAUACUCUGUUAUUAAUUUAUUUUUGUUACAUUUUAUAUAAUCAUAUAGAAUUUUAAUGUUAUAUUCUACCUAGUUAAUUGUUAUAUAUUGUGGUGAUAUAUAUUUUGUUAUACAAUUGAUACAAACUUCUUAUUUAUCUGUUACAAAUAAAUUUGUUUGAAAAUUUUU